AAUAUUUUAAAGGUAGAUAAGGCAUGCAUGCCCUUAUCAUGAAAAAUCUAGAUAUAUCCAACUUGUUCUAAUUAGAUAUAUCUUCACUUCUUUUUCUCUUUUAGCUAACAUAUAGUGCCUCUAUAUAUAGCUUCAUGUUAGGUUAAAUUUUCUCAACAACAAAUCAACCUUCAAAUUCACUUCACUAAAAACUAUAUACAUAUCUUGGCAUUUUUGACAAACUAAUUAUUUCUUGAAAGUUGUUUAAACAUGGACAUGGUGAUGAAGUUGGGAACAUCAAGCUCGGUGGUGAUUUUCACCAAGAGUAGUUGUUGCAUUUCUCACAGCAUCGAAACCCUAAUUCGUAAUUUUGGAGCAAACCCUAUAAUUUACGAGCUCGAUACACAUCCAAAUGGGAAGAAAAUGGAGAAGGCAUUGAUGGAACUAGGGUGUCAACCAAGUGUGCCAGCAAUAUUUAUAGGGAAAGAGUUAGUUGGUGGUGCUAAUGAGAUAAUGAGCCUUAAUGUGAGGGGCAAGCUUAAACAAUUGCUCAUUAGGGCUAAUGCCAUUUGGGUAUAGAAAUUAAUUAUAUUUAGAUAACAACUAAGUGUAUUUGGAUGGUUGUUUUGUUUUUACCUAUUUGAUUUGGUUUUUGGUGUACAAAUAAAUAAAUAGAUUAUAAAUAUACUCAUAUCUUAUACUA